AUGUUGAGGAGGGGUUUGAAAGCAAAUUCAGUUACAUUGCGUACUUUUGUUAAAGGUAUGUGUAAGGAGGGGAAGGUUUUGAGUGCAGUUCAGUUGCUUGAUAAAAUGACUGAAGAGAAAGUUGAAGUAAAGGUGCUCACAUAUGGGAUUCUUAUAAAUGGCCUCUGUGAAAUUCGAGAGACUGGUCUUGCUAUUGAAUUGCAUAGGAAGAUGGUGCAAAGAACUUGUGAAUCUAAUGUCCUCACUUAUAGCAUGAUCAUUGAUUCUCUUGGUAAAGAUGGGUUGAUGAAUGAGGCACUUGAUUUUUUCUCCGACAUGAUUCAUGAAGGUGUUACCCCGGAUGUCAUUGUUUACAGUUGUUUAAUUCACGGUUUGUGUAAUUCCGGCCGGUUGAAAGAAGCUGUGAGGCUUUUUGAUGAAAUGGUUGGCCAAGGGAUUUCGGCCAAUGUAGUUACAUAUAAUUCUUUGAUUUAUGGUUUUUGUCAGCUGGAUUUGUGGAAGGAAGCUACAAGAAUUUUUGAUAAAAUGGUUGGACAAGGGAUUUCACCAGAUGUUAUAACAUUUAUGAUAUUAAUAGAUUGUCUCUGUAAAAGGGGGAUGGUGGGAGAAGCUAGGAUGGUGUUUGACAUGAUGAUUCGGAUAGGCAAGAAGCCUAAUGAAUUUACGUAUAAUUUGCUGAUUUAUGGAUUAUGUUUGACAGGGAGCUUGGAUGGUGCAGCAGAGCUGUUUAAGUCAAUGGAACACAGAGGUCUUGAACAGGAUGUUACUGGCUACAGUACAUUGAUUAAUGGGUAUUGUAAAGGUCGGGCAAUUGAUGAAGCUAUGUGCCUCUUUCAGGAAAUGCAUGAAAAGGGGCUGAAGCCCACCACUGUAACUUACAACACACUAAUAGGAGAACUCUGCCAGGCAGGUAUGUGUAAGGAGGGGAAGGUUUUGAGUGCAGUUCAGUUGCUUGAUAAAAUGACUGAAGAGAAAGUUGAAGUAAAGGUGCUCACAUAUGGGAUUCUUAUAAAUGGCCUCUGUGAAAUUCGAGAGACUGGUCUUGCUAUUGAAUUGCAUAGGAAGAUGGUGCAAAGAACUUGUGAAUCUAAUGUCCUCACUUAUAGCAUGAUCAUUGAUUCUCUUGGUAAAGAUGGGUUGAUGAAUGAGGCACUUGAUUUUUUCUCCGACAUGAUUCAUGAAGGUGUUACCCCGGAUGUCAUUGUUUACAGUUGUUUAAUUCACGGUUUGUGUAAUUCCGGCCGGUUGAAAGAAGCUGUGAGGCUUUUUGAUGAAAUGGUUGGCCAAGGGAUUUCGGCCAAUGUAGUUACAUAUAAUUCUUUGAUUUAUGGUUUUUGUCAGCUGGAUUUGUGGAAGGAAGCUACAAGAAUUUUUGAUAAAAUGGUUGGACAAGGGAUUUCACCAGAUGUUAUAACAUUUAUGAUAUUAAUAGAUUGUCUCUGUAAAAGGGGGAUGGUGGGAGAAGCUAGGAUGGUGUUUGACAUGAUGAUUCGGAUAGGCAAGAAGCCUAAUGAAUUUACGUAUAAUUUGCUGAUUUAUGGAUUAUGUUUGACAGGGAGCUUGGAUGGUGCAGCAGAGCUGUUUAAGUCAAUGGAACACAGAGGUCUUGAACAGGAUGUUACUGGCUACAGUACAUUGAUUAAUGGGUAUUGUAAAGGUCGGGCAAUUGAUGAAGCUAUGUGCCUCUUUCAGGAAAUGCAUGAAAAGGGGCUGAAGCCCACCACUGUAACUUACAACACACUAAUAGGAGAACUCUGCCAGGCAGGUAGAGUUAAAACCGCAAAGGGCCUAUUCAAUGAGAUGCAAACUUGUGGGUUAUCUCCAGAUUUGCAUUCAUAUUCUAUACUGUUAAAUGGGCUCUGCAAAAAUGGACAGCUCGAAGAGGCAAUGGAUGUAUUUAGGUCUAUUAAGAGUGCUGGGCUUGAAGCUAAUAUUGAAGUUUUCAGCACACUCAUUGAUGGGAUGUGCAGAGUUGGUAAAAUAGCAGCAGCGAAGGAUCAGUUUGAUGAAAUCUUGAAGAAAGGUAUGGUGCCUGAUGUUGUAACAUAUAACAUAAUGAUCAAUGGCCUCUGCAGGAAUGAGAUGUUGCCGGAGGCCUGUAAAUUGCUCUUGCGGAUGGAAGAGGAGGGUUGCUUCCCAGAUGCCAUUUCAUUUAACAUCAUCAUUCGACAUUUUCUCCAAGAAAAUGAGAUCACCAAAGCAAUGCAGUUCUUUAAGGAGAUGCGUAAUAAAAAUUUCUUGCCUAAUGAAGCAGUCAGUUCGACAUUACUACACCAUGUGUUGGUGAAUAAACAAUGUCGAACAGCCCUCGAGUCACUUCCUAAUUCUCUUCAGAAAAAUUUGUGA